AUGAACCUCUCGGUGCCAGGGCUGUUGCCAGCAGGGCACCUUGACGACUGUGUGCCCAACGACCCGGUGCAGUUUGUGCUGGUGCCUGCUGUCUACUGCCUGGUGCUGUGUGUGGGGCUGCCGGGCAACCUGGUGGCCCUGCUGGUCUUCCUGCAGAAUGGCAAGGUGAGGAAGGCCAUCCGCAUCUACCUCAUCAACCUCACGCUGGCUGACAUCCUCUUCAACCUCACCCUGCCCCUCUGGAUCUCCUACUACCUCGCUGGGGGGGACUGGCUGCUCUCAGAGGCCGCUUGCCGCCUGGCAGGGGCUGCCUACUACCUGGCGACCUACAGCGCCGUCACCUUCAUGGCACUCAUCAGCUUCAACCGGUUCUGCGCCGUGCGGGCGGCGCGGCACCAGCUGCCGCUGACGGGGCGCCGGGGAGCCGCGCUGGCCUGUGCCAUGGCCUGGAUGCUGGGGCUGGGCUGUGCCGUGCCCACCCUGGCUGCCCAACAGACCUUUCCCGCCCGCGCCGGUGCCACCGCCUGCUUCGAGCAGCACGGGCGCCAGCGGCUGUACGCCUAUGCCAUGGUGGCCUUUUUCGGUGCUGCCUUCCUGGUGGUGUUGGGCACCUACGCCUCCAUUGCCAGGGCUCUCUCGGUGCCCACCGCCGCCUCGCCGGGCUCCCACCGGCAGCAGGCACGCGCCAUGGUGCUGGGGAUGCUGCUGGUCUUCGUGGUCUGCGUGGCACCGUACCACCUCACGCUGGCCCCCUGGGUGGGCAGCCAGCCUCCCGUGCCACCCUGCGGGCCCCCUGCCACCCUGGAUGUGCUGCAUGCGCUGAGCGUGGCCCUGCUGAGCCUCAACAGCUGCCUGGACCCUCUCGUCUACUGCUUCUCCAUCCGGCGCUUCCGCGCGGACCUGGCACGGACCCUGCGCAAGCUCGGCCGCUGCCUCCCGCUCCCCCCGCCUGCCCCUACCGUGCCCAGUGCCCGCACCUCCUCUUUCGCCUCCUCGUAG